UUGCUGCUGGUCAUUUCUGUUAUUUUCAGAUAAAAUUGCUUGUUAACCUGGAUUAUUGUCGAGUGGAGGUUGAUGAGAAAGCACGCGAUUUGAUUACAUGACGAUGUCGCUUUAGCGUUACUAAUCGGGAACAUAAGCUUCCAGUGACGGUUAGAGUUAUUGAAAACUUUUUGUUACCAGGUUAAUCAUUACUCAGGGAAACAGCUUUGCAUUAGUUCUGCUUCCUGACUGGAAGCCAAAUUUAUGUUUUCUUUCCUCGAAGAAAUAAUCACAGAAAUCAAACAUUGGCCUUAUCUUUCCUGUCUUCCAAAUAGAAUUUACCCAGCCAGUUUACUUAUUCUAUCUAGUAAAAAUAUUGGCUUAAACUCACUUAUUUCCUUUAAAAUUCCACUGUGCUAAGAACAGGUGAAAAUGAUAGCUGUUUUUGACAAUGAAAUUGAAAAAUAGAUGACUCGUAAUCGUUUUUCUCAAUCUAAUUUUUUCUAUUUCAUUGUGUAUUACUAAAGAGCAGUGGUUUGAGCCUGAUAUUGACAUUUUGAAAUAAUUGCAGUUUUAUUUAAUUGUCCUUUUUUGGGGGAUUGAUUGAAAAGGUGACCUUUAAAACAGACUGCAGUUUGGUAAAUGUGGUAGAUGGAUAUAUAUAAUCUUUUCGCUCUUUUGAAAUUGAUUCUUGAUGGUGAAAAAAACCUGAAAACAUCAAAACUGUUGCAGUGAUUGAGAAAUUACCGACGGAGUAGAAAAGCAAAAAUUUUCUCCACUCUAUUUCCUUUCAUGGGUAAUAAAUUGGAGCGCUUUCCUCUUGUUUGAUACUUUUUCCCUUCCUCGGAUAUUUCAAAUCAUUUUCCGUUUUUAGUCAUUUCCUUUCUAUUUACAUGCCUUUCGCUCGGUGGAUUUUACAAAUCGUUUUCCUUUUUUAGCCCGUGCGUUGUCGUAGUUCCCGCCAUAUAGCAUAUUUUCAAUUACCGAGACUAAGAUUACAGACGUUUAACUCUGCGUUGUUCUUGAUCGGCUUCGAACGAAUUCAACCCGUCUAAUAUCUUCUGAACAUUCAGCCUUUAUUUCCGGCCUCCUUUUUCAACUUUACUUACCCCUUGCGGCACAAUCUAAGUAUUCCCAAAAGACUUAGGUCAUCUCAACUUGUAAGUAAGUAACAAUUAUAUUUGAGUUGCUUUGUUGUUUUAUUUUGGCAAUCCGACUCAUACUUCAUUGACAAACCGUAGUUAGUUUACAAUAGAAGUUGUAAGUUAAGCCGGCUGUGGUUGGUUGGCUCCACCAUUAAUAUACGUCAGUGACAUUAUAAGAUACAAAAUUGGACUGAAGAUAUUUAUCAUUUGUUUGCCUACCAAUUGUUUCGUUUUCCAAAGUCAACGCUCUCUAUUUAUUGCAGAAACCCAGUUUACUACCACGUAAACUACGAGUAAACAACUAAAUAACACCUACUGCUUAUUCGAUAGAAUAACCAUUCUAGUUAUCGUAUCGAAUUAAUUCGUAACUUCAAAGGUAGUUAUCAAAUAAAAGUCAGCUUUCAGUAAUACUGAACUCACAAUUUUCUGAUUGAUAAGUACGCCCUUCUCGAAAACAUCCGCUUAUUUCAACGCAAGCUACACAGAAGUUUAUCGGUAUUUAGACUCAGAGCGACCAUUAAACACAUUGCAUUACAGUUUUGUAACCUUUCAUCAAAACGACUGACUUCAAGCUAGUUGCUAUUAACAGUUAACGAUCGUUUUUUACCUUAAGUUCACUCGUUUUUCAUUUCCAAAGAAGAAACUCUUCGGUAUUCUCAAAAUGGCUUCGGAAAAUAUGGUAAAAAUCAGCGAACAUAUAACCCUGGACAAAAGUCGCCUGGACCAGCCCAUCGGGUCUGACUUCUUUGUUGUGGUGGCGAUUCUUCCUUUCAUUUGCAUCGCACGUCUUAUCUGUGAACGAGUGGGCGCUGCUAUCUUUCUUUCGACUGAUUACUGUGCGCGAAAGUUCCACAGAAAACCGCACGCGUUGAAACUAGCAGUGAAAAAGUUUGAGGAGUCAUGUUGGAAGUUUGUGUAUUACGCCGCAGCCGCGAUUUACGGCGUAGUUUUCAUAUCUCAGGAAGGUUUUCUCCGAACUCCUUACGAGUUCUAUCCUAACCAUACCCCGAAGAAAGUGUACUGGUACUACAUGGUUCAGAUAUCUUUCUAUAUAUGGAUGUCAUUUUGCCUGAUGUGGGAUGUUAAGAAGAAAGAUACGAAGCAGAUGGCAACACACCAUUGUGUAACACUGGGUCUCCUACUUAUAAGCUACUCCUGGCAACUAACAAGCAUCGGCUCUCUGAUUCUUCUGCUAAGUGACAUCGCAGAUCCUUUCCUGGAACUGGCCAAGAUGUUCAACUAUGUGCAGAAGGAACCUCACAGCACAAUCACGUUUACGCUUUUCUUCCUCGCUUUCGUAGGAGUUAGAUUGAUAAUCUUUCCUAUAUAUGCUAUUUACCCUUCGCUUACGCAACCCUACGAGCUAUCGGUAUAUGUGGGGGUCCCGUAUGUGUACUACUCAGCAAAUGCACUCCUCAUCAUACUUUUUGGCCUCAACAUCUUCUGGUCUCUCCUCAUUGUCAGGGUUCUGGUGCGCACCUUGAGAGGCAGUGACUUAAAAGAUGACAGAAGUGACGUCGAGUCAAGCUAACAGAGAACCAGAAGCAGCAACUCUGCAUCAUGUAUUGUAUGCAGUUAGAUUCAUAGGGUGAAUCAACUUUCAAUGUUACAAAAGUUUCAAAAGCUUUCUCUUGAAGUAGACAAUUUGGUUCUUUUAUAAUCGCAAACUGUCAACCGAGUUAUCACAGCGCUAUGAUCGUGUGAUUUAAUAAUUUGAGAAAUAUGUUGUUUGGUAGUUUGAGAAGAACCAAGUUAGUCCGACUUCGCAACUGACUCGUUACUGAGUUCUCAAGUUUCAGCUAUUUCUUCACCCUCUAUCUCCAAUCAAUAAUCGAUUGAAUAAAAUGACGUUGUGUCCGAAUGUUGAUUUGAAUUUUUAAGGUCUUUUCAACUGAAAAACAAUCAUUUGUUUUUUGUUAGAAAUCUGAAUAGCGAAAUCAGAGAAAGCAACAGAAUUGAUGAUAUUUCCGUGAAGUUUGAUUAUUUGAACGUGAAAAAAAACUAAGAUGAAUUCUGGAUAUUGAACAUAUGAUUAUCCAUUGGGAAGGUUUUGUCUGUUUUCCAGCUCUUAUUUUUGCCUAAUAUGGCAAUCGAAAUCUUGAAAUGAAGUGAAAAUGGGCAAACUAAUUUGUCUGAAAUUUUUGAUGACUUUCGAAAAGUCAAGGAAAACCGUCAAACUACCCCCAUUUUCUUGAAUAUGUUUUGUUUCACAAUUUGUACAAAGUGUACAUGAUAAAUAGUUUGACCCACGAGAAAAUCAAACAGCUGAUCGGUCCUUUUGAAGCUUAAAAAUGAAAGUAAAAUGGGCAUCAUUUUGUUUUACUAACAUUUCAGAUCUUUUGCUGCGAUGAACAAUCAUUAUGUACAUUAGGCUAGACAUGGUCAAUUUAUGCUCAGUUUUUGAAAAAGAGUUAUUACUUUUGAAAAGAAGUUCCUUAUUUCCAAUCCUUAUGUGCGAUUAAAGUAUUUGUGCUAGACUAUUUUUGAAUUUAAUGGAAAGUUAAACUGAGCAUGCUUCUAAAUUUGACUGAAAUGAACUUACCGUUUAUUCUGUUUUGUUUCAUCUACUUGCGUCAUCUUUUAAAACUACUUAUGGGAUGCAAAUUCAACUUGGCAGCAGAUGUCUGCGAUUCAGUUCAAAGUUAUGAAAUGUAAUCAUUAUUGUCGUUUAAUUUAAAAUAAUGCAACUUUG